AAUUGUUUAAUUAAUAAAAAUAUUUUCAAAAAAAAAAAAAUUUUCAUUAAUCAUUUUUUUUUAUUCAAAAUAAUUUAUUUGAUAAUUAAUAAUAAUAAUAAUAAGUAGUUGGUAAUAGUAUAAAAAUAAAUAAAUAAAAAUAAAAUGGAUAGAAAAUCUACAGAUUCACCAAGUGGUGUUGGUGUUCCACAUUUAAAACGUUCUGGUAGCAUAACCAGUGCAACAAGCCAUCCACAUAAGGGUCUUGUAAGAACAGAUUCAAGUCCAAAACUUUUUAAAGAUAAAUUUAAACAUAAUGAAGAAUCCUCAGAAAAAGAAGAAAAAGGAAGAGGUCAGGAAUUAGAUCCAAAAAUUUUACAGUCAUUAAAAUUUGACUCUGAAAAAGAAAAAGAACGUGCUCUCCUCUGGGCAUUUUUAGCCAGCUAUUUACCAGAAGAUAAAUCAACACUCCAAAGGGAAUUUGUUAGACACUGUGAAUAUACAUUGGCCCAAACAAAGAGUGAAGCAACAGACUUUUCAGCAUUCCAAGCUCUAUCAAGUUGUACAAGGGAUAGAUUAAUCGAAAGAUGGAAGGAUACCAAGCUUUUCUUUAAACAAAAGAAUGUUAAACAAGUUAACUAUAUGUCAUUAGAGUUCCUUUUGGGUAGAUCUCUUCAAAACUCACUUAGUGCUCUUGGUUUGGUCGGUAAAUACGCUGAUGCCCUAAUGGAUCUUGGCUUUAAAUUAGAAGAUCUAUAUGAUGAAGAAAGAGACGCAGGUCUUGGUAAUGGUGGUCUUGGUCGUUUGGCUGCAUGCUUUAUGGACUCGUUAGCAACUUGUAACUAUCCAGGUUAUGGUUAUGGCCUUCGUUAUAAGUUUGGUAUGUUUUAUCAAACCAUUGUUGAUGGUGAACAAAUCGAACUACCAGAUUAUUGGUUAAAUUAUGGCUCUCCAUGGGAAAUAGAACGUCUUGAUGUCUCCUAUCCUAUUAACUUCUAUGGCAAAGUAGUUGAAGUAGAAGAAAAUGGCAAAAAGAAAAUGAAAUGGGAGCAAGGUGAACAAAUGUUAGCUGUGGCUUAUGACUAUCCAAUUCCAGGCUUCAAAACCUAUAACACUGUUGCAAUUAGACUUUGGUCUUCAAAACCAUCUGACGAAUUUAACUUAGAGUCAUUCAACAAGGGUGACUAUUUAGGUGCAAUUGAAGAUAAAGAAAAAUCUGAAAACAUUACCAAUGUUCUCUAUCCAAACGAUAACACAAUGCAAGGUAAAGAACUUCGUCUCAAACAACAAUAUCUUUUCGUUAGUGCCACAAUUCAAGAUAUCAUUUCUCAAUUCAAAGAAACUGGAAAACCAUUUAAAGAAUUCUCAAACUUCCAUGCCAUCCAACUUAAUGACACCCAUCCAACCCUUGGUAUCCCAGAAUUAAUGAGAAUCUUAAUUGAUGAAGAAGAUCUAUCAUGGGAUGAAGCUUGGGAUAUUACACAAAAAACCUUCUCAUAUACCAAUCACACUGUUUUACCAGAGGCACUCGAAAAAUGGUCUGUCUCAAUGGUCGAACACCUCUUACCAAGACAUAUUCAAAUCAUUUAUGAAAUUAAUGAAAGAUUCUUAAAGUUAGUAGAUCAAAAAUGGCCAGGUGAUGUCGAAAAAAGAAGAACCCUUUCAAUCAUUGAUGAAUCACAUGGUAAAAAUAUCAAAAUGGCUUCUUUGGCAAUUGUUGGUUCACACACUAUAAAUGGUGUUGCCUAUUUACAUUCAGAACUUGUAAAGCAUGAUGUAUUCCCAUUAUUCUAUGAAAUGUGGCCAAAGAAAUUCCAAAACAAAACCAAUGGUGUUACUCCAAGACGUUGGAUUCAACAAGCUAACCCAGACCUUUCCGAAUUAAUCACUCGUUCGCUAAACUCUGAUCGUUGGUUGGUUAAUCUUGACAUUAUUAAAGAACUCCGUCACUUAGCAGAUAACUCGUCAUUCCAAAAAGAAUGGAUGGAAAUUAAACGUAUGAACAAGAUUCGUUUAGCAGAAUACAUCGAAAGAGUCUGUGAAACCAAAGUUAAUGUCGAUGUUCUAUUCGAUGUUCAUGUAAAACGUUUCCAUGAAUACAAGAGACAACUAUUAAACAUUCUUGGUUGUAUCAAUCGUUAUUUAGAUAUCAAAGAAGGUAAAAAGGUAGCACCCAGGGUCGUUAUCUUUGGUGGUAAGGCUGCCCCAGGUUACUACAUGGCCAAACUAUUUAUCAAACUUAUUAAUUCAGUUGCUUCAGUUGUAAAUAAUGAUCCAAAGGUUGGUGACCUUCUUAAAAUUGUUUUCAUUCCAAAUUAUUGUGUCUCCAAUGCAGAAAUUAUCAUUCCAGCCAGUGAUAUUUCACAACACAUUUCAACUGCUGGUACCGAAGCUUCUGGUACAAGUAAUAUGAAAUUCAGUAUGAAUGGUGGUUUAAUUAUAGGUACAUUGGAUGGUGCAAAUAUUGAAAUUCGUGAUGCAAUCGGACAUGAAAAUAUGUAUAUCUUUGGUGCUCGUUCCGAAGAAGUAAACGGUAUUAAGAAAAAGAUCCAUGAUGGCAAAUUUACACCAGACCCAAGAUGGGAAAGAGUUCUCUUGGCUAUCAAAGAGGAUAUGUUUGGUCCACAUCAACAAUUCCAAGACAUUAUCAAUUCAGUUAGUGCAGGUAAUGAUCAUUACAUUGUUUCAUAUGACUUUGCCUCAUAUCUUGAUAUUCAAAACUCAAUUGAUGCUGAUUAUAAAGAUAAAGCAAAAUGGGCAAAGAAAUCAAUUAUGGCCUCAGUUGGUUGUGGUACAUUUUCAUCUGAUAGAACCAUUAGAGAAUAUGCAGAGAAUAUUUGGAACAUUGAAGAAUGGAAGAGACCAGGUCCAGUAAAUGUUUCACACGAAGAAGCAAAAACCCUUAGAGUACCUCCAGUUGGUAGCCCAAAUGAUGUAAAUUCAAUCUCAAUGGAAAGAUUAUCACCAUUAACUUUUGUUAAACAAACCUCAAGCUCACCACUAACUGUUGUAAACCAAAAUAAUGACAAGUCAAAUGUUACAAAACCAAAACAAACUACUAAAGGUUUUAAUGUUACUGGUAAUCCAACAAAUUAAUUUUUUUAAAAAAAAAAGAUAUAAUAUUAAUUUUAAUAUAUUAAAAAGAAUAAAAUAAUUUUAA